AUGGAGGCAUGGUUACGAGAGUUGCAUGAAGAGGUUGGGAAACUGGAGGAGUGUCUGCAGUCCCGCGUGCCGCGCGGCUCAGACUACGCGCUGCAGUGGACUCUGAACAGAGUGGUGAAGCGGAAAGUGGACGCACUAGCGAACGAGACAAUGACAGGUGUAAUGAACCAACUCGCGAAGCUGCUGGAGUGUGCCUCGGCCGAAGAUACCGCGUGCCUGCAGACAAUGGAGCUCAACACACGACGCGUUGAGUACUCACUGAAGCUAGCGCAGCACAGCGGCGUCGGACUUCUUCCCUCGCCUUCGAGCCAGCACCGAAUUCUGCCACUUACUCACAUCCAAGCGGCGAGUGCGGGAGCAUCCAACCCCAGCUUGGGGGCGGCGAGUCGGCGGCCGAGCAGUCCACAACGGAGCAGCGGACCAGUGAUAGACGUCGAGGUGAUAGAUCUUGACGUAGCGCCUGAGGCGACUUCAAAACCGAGACAUGGGUCGACAAGAACGUGUGCGGGGCGGCAGUCGUUGUUCGGGAUGUUGGGUCGGAAGGAUGUUGCGCCGGUGGUGGCUCUGCCGAAACGACGACGGGGUCCGAACUGGAGGUGGCAGUUUGAGCCGCGAGUGUCAGAGAAGGUGCACGCUCUGAGCUCCUUGGCUACAGCGGCAAAAGCAGCACGGCCCGGAUGUCAUCGGCGUUUGGUGCGUUUGGCGAGAGGUUUUGCAAACCGUGGUACGGGUCUCGCGGACUGCACCGAAUACCUUACGUUCGUGCGUGCAUGGUACGAGGCGGUGGGUGCGGAACCGCCUCCUGAGAACAUUUAUGCUGAGGAACUACGUGCUGUCCUUCAGCUCUACGAAGGUAAGGGUGACGCCUGGGGCUAUUGCCUUGAGUCACUCGCCCAACAGACCCUCUUCACCGUAACCUCUCCCAUACCCUACUCUACUUUACGCACCGAUCGGUCCGCUGCGGCGAUUUUGGUGGACAACGAGAAUAGUUUGGAGGAGUUUAUUGACCUGGUAUUGACCAUGCCCGCGGCAGUUGCGGGAACACUGCCGGCAAUUGCGAUGGAUGUUGAGUUCUCCCAGGCCGCUAGCUUUCGCGGCCAGGUCUGCCUAGUCCAGAUCUCUACACAUAGCGCAGACUACCUCAUUGACCCUCUAGCCAUUCCCGCACACGCCAUGGCCAAACUCAAUGCUGUCACCGCUAACCCCGGCAUACUCAAGGUGAUGCAUGGAAUAGACCACGACGUCGUCUGGCUCCAACACGACUUCGGCCUGUACCUCGUCAACGUCUUCGAUACUUACCACGCUGCCCGGGCCCUCCAGAUACCCGGCGGCUACAGCCUCAUGAACGUCAUUCUCACCUUCUGCCAUAUAUCGUUGGAUAAGGCGACGCAGUUGUCUGACUGGCGGAUUCGACCGUUGUCGGAGCGGCAGAUCAUGUAUGCGCGCGAGGACACGCACUACUUGCUGUAUGCGUUCGGGGCGUUGCGGAACGCCUUGUUGACGCGUGCUG